ACGUUCAAUAUCAUUGGACACAGCUACACGUCUACGGGAAGCCGCCAUGAGUAAGCUGAUCCGCCAGGUGUCUAUCGAAACACCGCAAUCCAAAAUCAAAGAUUGCGUGAUCAAUCAGGUAGUGCCAGUGCCGGAUACGCCGCCCAAUGGAGCUCGCAUCCUGGUCGUCUACGCGGGAGCCUGCUACCGGAAGAACCAGUCGUCCUCGAUCUCGUCCAUCAGCAGUCAGCUAUCGGACACCGGUGACAUUACCACAUCGCUUCACAUGCUUGCCAAGCAGAUGCAGAGUGGUAACUUCUCCAGUAUUAGCGAGGAAGGUCCGGAAAAUACUCCAGCCCAAGCUCAUCAGACCUCGGUGGCCAUUCAGCACAAUCCAGCCUCUCAUCACGGAGUCCGGGACGGAGCCCUCUUUCCCGGGUUUGAGGUUGCCGGCGUUAUCGAAUCGCUUGGAAGCGAACUGACAGAAGACUGCGGCUUCAAAGUGGGCCAACGGGUCAUCCUGUACCCAUACGAGGGCGUCCCGGCUGGCUACUCGGAGCUGAUGGUCGUUCCAGAUCUGCAAUAUCUGAUUCCUAUUCCCGAAUCCCUGUCGCUUAGCUUGGCUGCAACGUUACCUACCGGAGCUCUGCUGGCUCAGAGCGCUAUCAUCUCAGCGCACAAGAUCGUGGACGAUCUGCUGAAGAAACGACCAAACGAAAAGGUGAAAAUCCUCAUCGUCGGCACCGGUGGAUUGGCCCUCUGGGCCAUCCGAAUUGCGGCACAACACUUCUACGGUGCGGGCACUAAAGACAAAAUCCAGAUCACCGUAGCCAGCCUUCGGGACGAAGGUUUCGUACUGGCACAAAAAUGUGAAAAAGUUAACGUGGUCCAGUGGAACGAGGAUCUGUACGAGAAGCAGCUGAUCGAGCGUACCCAUGACGCUUGCGAAGGUCUGGUGGACAUUGUGAUCGAUUUCGGGACAACGUCGCGUAGCUUGCACCGGUCGAUGCAGUGCCUAACCAAGGGAGGGCACGUGUUCAUUAGCGACGAAAUUGCCGAGAAGCUGCUGGUGCGGUACGCCAAGCGGGCGGAGGAACGUGGCGUCUUUAUUGAGGUGGUGCCGACCGGAACCAUCGAGGAGCUGCACGAUGUGGUCAGACUGGUGGCCAACAAUGAGAUUGAACCCCCGCCACACACAGUAUUCCCGUCGGACCAGGCCGCCGAAGUGGUACGCAAGCUGGCCAGCUCGGAGAUUCCUGGACGUGCCAUCCUGAAAUUCCAUGAUAUCGAGUAAGGAGUGUCGUACUCGAUUUUCGUAACAUAACACCCCCUCCUGAAUUGACAUAUUAGUCGUCUCAUCAUAUACAUCCAAUGUGGAAGAUGUAUCUGAUUUGGAAUAGGUUUGACAAACUACCAUCCUCUCACAGACAAAAACAGAAAAAAUUACUAAAUUAUUAAUCGUAGAGAAGAAGAGAAACCGUUACUCUGCUAGGCUCGGUUGAAGUGAGGUGAGACAACAUUAGUAAAACAUUACAAAAAACUAUAUAAUUUUAAUGAAAUUGUACAAGCAAAUUCAAGGAUAGGUAAAACAAGAGUUAAGCAUCACUAGAAGGUGCUAGUGACAAGUGCCGGCUGUGGAAGGAAAAUGGCACAACUUAAACGCUUAGCCAUUCUCAUUUCAAAACGUGACGCGCCGAUUUUUACCGGAACCGAUUGGAGAGUGUUGGGGAAGUUCCAAGAUUGAACCAGCUGAAAGCUACAGAAUUGAAAGAAAAAAAUUGCUGUAUAACAAACUCUUACCCAAUAAGAAUUGAGACAAAAACCAAAAUUAUACUAAACAACUCUAUAAAUGUAUAGUUUAACCUUUUUAAGCUAACCCAGCAAAAUGAGUAACUUCAUUCAUUACACGAGUAGAAGCAAUCGAAGCCAAUUGGUGAAACCUUUUUUUUUCUGUAAACCUAAUUUAUGUAUAGCGACUAGAUUUCUUUCCAACAUUACCAACAAGAUAAGCAGCAAAAUCAAAGAUCCUAAUCGGGACGGUUCGUUGUGUAUUUACAGUCAAAAUUAGACAGGAAAAAAGUAACACUCAAGUGAUCAAUCUUCAGGAGUCUACUCGUAGACUAAAAAGCUAAAAACAGUACCACUAAAUAGUAAUCAAUUCAAUUAUCAACAAACACAAAAACAGGCUCCAGAACGAGAAGAAGAAAGAAAGUAAGAGUAAGGCCAUGAUUUAUUUCAUGACAAAUAUGCUAGCAGAAUGAUUUCCCAAAAGAUGAAUUUAAAUUUAUGUACAAAAUAUUAAGUUAAACAACUCGUUUUCCAAACCUUCAGACAGUGAGAAUUGACAAACUGAAAACGAGAACAAUUGUACUUUGUUCUUUCAUUAAAACCAAUAAUCGGAAUCUUUUACUACGGAGAAAAGAUUGUAAAACCUUGUGAUUUAGUUUGAUUGCUUCUCGGGCGCCCCCGUAAUGGGGAAGAAGAAAAUGUGAACGUCAGAAAAAACGAACAACUCGGGACACGUUUCAAUCAGACGAUUUGUGUUGUAAUUUAUUGCCCUUUAAAAAAUCCGUACUAAAUUUCAACUAGUUAGUUUCCUGUUUCUUCUUCAAAAUAUGUAAUAACCGAACGGAUCAGGACAGGCGAAUCAGUUUACGGUAAAACAUUGUUCUUCACAAAAGGGUGUUAGUGAAGACGUUUCGCAGAGGAAGCUGAAGAAAAUCUAUGAGAAGAAAAUGAAAACUAGGCGAUGAUGUGUUUUAGGAUUAAUUUACACUUAAUUAUAGCUUAAACACAGUUUAGCGCAAGAGGAGCGAGGAAAGUGGAUUGAUGGAGAAGGAAAAGUAAAAUAAAUUAAACAAAUGAAAAUAAAAACAUAAACAUUG